UUUUUGUAGAAAUCUAUGGAUCGGUGAAACCAAACGAGAAUGAUUUUCCAGCAACAUUUAAGUUUGGAGUUUCCACAGCCGCUUUCCAAAUUGAAGGGGGCUGGAAUGAAGAUGGCAGAGGACCUAGCAUUUGGGAUAUAGGAACUGCCACCCACCCCGAAAUCAUUGCGGACGGCACAAAUGGAAAUAUUGCUGCAGACUCUUAUCAUCACGUCGACCGAGACAUUGAGAUGCUUCGAGAGCUCGGGGUGAAUUUUUACAGAUUUUCGAUAUCCUGGACACGAAUACUUCCAAAUGGAGACUUAUCCUCGAUGAAUCGCUUGGGGAUCCAGUACUAUAAUGGAUUAAUUGAUAAACUUGUUGCGAACUCAAUCGAACCAAUGGUUACCAUGUACCAUUUUGACUUACCUUAUGAGAUCCAAAAAAUUGGUGGCUUGACAAAUCCUCUCUUUCCUCAGUAUUUCGAAAGUUACGCCAACGUCUUAUAUUCAUAUUUUGGAGACAGGGUCAAAUGGUGGAUGACGUUCAAUGAACCAAGCAAACAUUGCAUAAGCGCAUAUGGUAUCGGGGAGGAACCACCUUUUGUGAACGCUACUGGAAUCGGUGAAUACCUCUGUGUUGAUAAUAUCAUCAAGGCUCAUGCCCGAGCAUACCAUCGCUAUAAAAAGGACUUCUUCAAACAACAAGGUGGGAAAAUUGGAAUCUCUGCCAACAGUCGUUUUUUCUUUUCUAGGACAAAGGACCGGAAUAUGACAGACAGAGGCCUUCAAUAUUGUCUUGGUUGGAUAAUGCAUCCAAUCUACAGUAAAUCUGGUGGGUAUCCUGGGGUGAUGAUACGAGAUAUUGCAAGUAACAGUCAGAUGGAGGGACGAGAGUGGUCUCGACUGCCGAACCUCGACGUAUCUACAAAGGCUUACAUCAAAGGGACUGCUGACUUCUUUGGUCUUAACUAUUACACCUCCCGAUACGUUGAAUUAGGAGCAUAUGCCGGAACGGAAAAUCCAUCUUGGGAAAAUGAUGCACGACUAAACUGCUCCGUAGACCCCUCUUGGAAGAAGGGGAAAUCUUCAUGGAGUUAUAGUGUACCAGAAGGAUUGGGUGGUUUAUUAAGAUGGAUAAAAGAGGAAUACGAUAAUGUUGAGGUCAUUGUAACUGAGAACGGUUGGCCAGAUGAUGGUCGCCUCAACGACGACGGUCGUAUUGAGUCCCUCACGGAACAUUUACGUCAAGUAUCCAAGGCCAUCAAAGAGCAUGGCUGCAAUGUUGUAGGAUAUUCACACUGGAGCCUGAUGGACAAUUUCGAAUGGCUUGCAGGAUAUUCAGAACGGUUUGGUCUGUAUUAUGUGAACAUGUCAAGUCCAGAAAGGACACGGAUACCAAAGAAAUCGUUGGGUGUCUACAAAAAAAUUAUAGAAUCGAAGAAGCUCGCUGAAAAGUUACUGACAUUCUAAUUUUUAUUUAAAAAUGAAGACCAAUAAAAAUAAUUUUAAAUUCUA